AUGAAGACAGAAUCGCCAGGCAAACCUUCCAUCCAUCUUGCCUCAUCCUCAGUCAAUCAACUUACACCUUCACAAACACAAGAUGACCGGAUUGGACUCCUCAAAACAGGAGAACAGGAAGACUGGAUAAAAGAAUAUGGGGAAGAACAGAUGGAGUAUGAUGGAGAACUGGAUGAAGAAACUGAGGCUUUCGGUGCAUAA